UGCUUACUGAAGAGGCCAUAGUGCCAACAGUGUGUUACAGAGACUGUAAAAGAGACUGCUGGGAUAGAUUCAUGGAUAACUAAGGCAGGGAAUUCAGGAGGGACCGUGUCAGGCGAGGCCACGGCAUAAACACCGGCACCACAGCUCACUGUUACCUGGGAUCAUACUCAGGAUGGAGGGAACUGCUAAACUGAUGGAGGGCUACCUGGGCAAGGCGGAGGGCCAUGGGGUCCCGGCCCACGGAUGGAGGAUCUGCCUGGCACAUGAAUUUGAAGAGAAGAGAAAACCCUUCCAGCUGGCAAAUGUAUCCCCUUGCCAAAUGAUUACCCACCUCCCCAUGGGCAUCAGGUACCUCCUCUGGUGGUGCAGGAAGACCUACAUGGACAGGAAGGCCCCGUUUAUCGACAUGCUCAACUCCAUCCCGCUGCGGCAGAUUUAUGGUAUGUCCAUGCAUUUCUGCUUGGGGGCUGCAGGGCAAUGUGAUGGACCUGGAACUAUGUCUGCACAUUCUGAAGCCCAAAUGGGCCUUGUGUUGGGAAGCUGGCAUCACAAAAAUGGUACCAUCAAACAAUGUCACCUGGACUCCUCCUUGCCCCUGGCUGUCCUGGUCUGGGACAUUGAGAAUGGCGGCGACGAGGAGAUGGAGGUGACCAUCAUGUUCACCCUUAGAAACGGCAGUGGGACGCGCAGUGACCGGGCCGGAAAUCACUGGAAUGAGCCCUUCCAGCUGCAGAAGGAUGGGGAGUCCGUAAGAGGAAUGCUCUUGCACCACUGCACUGCCACCAACCCCUACACCAUGGGGGUCGCUGUGAGAGAAAGGCCGGGGGUCUGUGUUUCACACUGUACCCAAUUUGACCCAACUGGACUGGGGCAGGAGGUGUGGAAAGACCUGUUAGAGGACGGACGGCUGAACUCGGCACCAGGUCCCAGCCCCCCAACGGCCAAGGGAAAAAAGACAGCUGCAGCAGUGGCCGCGGGGUGCUCCUUGCCCCCCAGGAGCCGAGAGACGCUGGAGUUUUGGGGCUUGAGCUGGGACAUGCCCAACAUUCGCUUUGGGGCAGGACAGAGAGAGCACCACCGGCGUUACACACGGUUUUUCGGUUGCCAAGGUGAUGCUGCUCCAGCUCUUUGCCAUUAUGGACUAACGCACUUUGUUGGGUGGGAGCAGAAAAUAGAGGCCUGGCAAGAACCCAUCCUGCAAAAUGGAGACCUCCCAGCUUGGUACAAAUCUGCCCUCUUUAAUGAGCUCUAUUUCAUGGCGGACGGAGGGACCGUGUGGGUGGAGGUCUCGGCUGCUGAUGACGAUGAUAAUCUGAUGAGAAGAGGCUGUAAGGACCUGCCUGGCAUGAAGGACGUCCUGCAGGAAUACGGGCGCUUUGCUUACCUUGAAGGGCAGGAGUACCGCAUGUACAACACAUAUGAUGUGCACUUCUACGCCUCCUUCGCUCUCAUCAUGCUGUGGCCCCAACUGGAAAUCAGUCUUCAAUAUGAUAUGGCUGCCUCGGUGCUGCAGGAGGACCCUGAGCUGCGGAAAUAUCUCAUGAGCGGAACUGUAGCUCCUGUAAAGUCACGGAGUGUUGUUCCACAUGAUGUUGGGGAUCCAGAUGAUGAGCCCUGGCAGAAGCUUAACGCCUAUCUGAUCCAUGACACGGCCAACUGGAAGGACUUAAAUCUCAAAUUUGUGCUCCAAGUGUAUCGGGACUAUCACAUUACUAAGGACACUACCUACCUGAGGGACAUGUGGUCUGUGUGCCAGACUGUAAUGGAGACAUCGCUGAAGUUUGAUGAAGAUGGCGAUGGGCUGAUUGAGAAUUCCGGCUUUGCUGAUCAGACCUAUGAUGAUUGGGUGAUGACGGGCCCCAGUUCAUACUGCGGGGGGCUGUGGUUGGCGGCUGUGUGUAUGAUGUGCAAGAUGGCGGAGGUACUGGGGGACGGCGCCGCGCAGGAGAAGUUCACUGACAUCCUACACAGGGGCAAGGCGGCAUUUGAGAAGCUUCUGUGGAAUGGUAAAUAUUACAAUUUCGACUGCGGGGACCAGCCCUACUCUAACAGUGUGAUGGUGGAUCAGUGCGCUGGGAACUGGUUCCUUCGGGCCUGCGGCCUGGGUGCUGGGGAAAGUGAGGUUUUCCCCAAAGACCAUGUGGUGAGCGCUCUGAGAACCAUCUUUGAGUUGAACGUGAAACAGUUUGCGGAUGGGCAGAUGGGGGCAGUUAAUGGUAUGCGCCCCGAUGGCACCACCGACACAUCCAGUGUUCAGUCCGAUGAGGUCUGGAUAGGAGUGGUCUAUGGACUGGCGGCCACCAUGAUCCAUGAGGGCCUGGUGCAGGAAGGUUUUGCCACGGCCGAGGGCUGUUACCGGACGGUGUGGGAGCGGCUGGGAAUGUCCUUCCAGACCCCCGAGGCUUAUUGUGAGAAGCAGGUGUUCCGCUCGCUGGCCUACAUGCGCCCCCUCAGCAUCUGGGCCAUGCAGCUAGCGCUGGGCAACCUGCAAUCUGCCCCAGAGCAGUCCAACUGCCCCAAGGGGAAGUGACCCCGCGCCCAACGGCUGUCGUACAAGUGCCCCCUGUGUUGGGGGCGGGUAUAGCACAUGCUGGGGGGAGGGGGGCGCCUUGGGGCGUUUAAUCUUCCGGUUGGAAUUACUUGAAACUUCUUGGCUUCUCCCCAAAUCUGCGAGUGAGAAAGUUCCCCCCACAAUCCCCCUGUGCUGGACAAUCUAUUGUACCCCCCUCCCAACAUGCUGUACUUGGUAUCUACCUCACUGUGGGACUGGCACCCCGACCCUGGAGCCCCAACCCACUGGCAGCGGCCCCCAGCGUUGCUCCAUCAUCCCCUGCAGAACAUCACGGCGCCGCUCCAUCAUCCCCCGCAGAACAUCAUGGCACUGCUCCAUCAUCCCCCGCAGAACAUCACGGCGCCGCUCCAUCAUCCCCCGCAGAACAUCACGGCAGCGCUCCAUCAUCCCCCGCAGAACAUCAUGGCACUGCUCCAUCAUCCCCCGCAGAACAUCACGGCAGCGCUCCAUCAUCCCCCGCAGAACAUCACGCAGCGCUCCAUCAUCCCCCGCAGAACAUCACGGCAGCGCUCCAUCAUCCCCCGCAGAACAUCAUGGCACUGCUCCAUCAUCCCCCGCAGAACAUCAUGGCACUGCUCCAUCAUCCCCCGCAGAACAUCACGGCGCCGCUCCAUCAUCCCCCGCAGAACAUCACGGCAGCGCUCCAUCAUCCCCUGCAGAACAUCACGGCGCCGCUCCAUCAUCCCCCGCAGAACAUCACGGCGCCGCUCCAUCAUCCCCCGCAGAACAUCACGGCGCCGCUCCAUCAUCCCCCGCAGAACAUCACGGCGCCGCUCCAUCAUCCCCUGCAGAACAUCACGGCGCCGCUCCAUCAUCCCCAGCAGAACAUCACGGCGCCGCUCCAUCAUCCCCUGCAGAACAUCACGGCGCCGCUCCAUCAUCCCCUGCAGAACAUCACGGCGCCGCUCCAUCAUCCCCUGCAGAACAUCACGGCGCCGCUCCAUCAUCCCCUGCAGAACAGCACGGCGCCGCUCCAUCAUCCCCCCCAGAACAUCACGGCGCCGCUCCAUCAUCCCCUGCAGAACAUCACGGCGCCGCUCCAUCAUCCCCUGCAGAACAGCACGGCGCCGCUCCAUCAUCCCCCGCAGAACACCACGGCGCCACUCUGUUCCGUGCCCCAGAUUUGGGUCUGUCAGAGAGGAUUGGGGCCCAUCCCAUGGGUAUCACGGGGCAGUUCUGGCCCAAAUGUCUUGCCUAUACCUCCAGUGUCCCUGUUCUACAUAUUCUCUUGGGAGGCAAAAGUACAAAUGAAGCUGAGCAGCACCCAAUCAGCUCUCAGCAUUUUCAGUUAAUGGCCAAUGAAUGUAAAUCUGCUGCUGAUUCAGUA